AAGCCUUUACUGGUACCUCUUAACAAUUCAAACUGUUUCCUUUUACUCUUUCAAAGUAAAGAUUACAAAUGGGCUUGAAGCACGGCAUUUGCUGCCCUUUUCAUGCUCUUAUCUCCCCAGUGACAGGCAACAACAUCGACCGGCAACAACAAAGACUGCAGACCUUCUACAGAGAUCAUUUUUUUAAAUUAUUCGCUGUCACACAGCCAUUUUUGACCGGAGCCAGUAAUACACGACUAUUCUUCUCCCCUCCCACACACAGAGCCCUUUUUCAGCUCCUAACCCUCAUUAUAGUGUAAGCAAGGUCUAUUAUAUUAAUCUAUUCCUGGCUGUGUUAGUCAUUUUGCAGAAGGCGGCAGUUCAAGAGCGUUGAUUCUGCUUUCCUUAGAAACCUUUGCAUUCACCUUCCAAAUCUUGCGUUCUCCCCCCACCUCCUUUUCCCCCCACAUCAACGAAAGGCUGGUGAGGGAGCAGAACGCUUGCUGAUUCAAUGGAUACUUACAGCUUGUCCUAUUAAGAAGAUGCUGUGUAGAUGUUUACAUACUAAGGCUAACUCCUAUGAGCCUCCAGGCAAGAAGCAAUUCUUUUGGGAACUGAUUUUCCUGAUGUAUUUUCUUCGACCUGCAGAAGCAGCAACACCAAAGAACGCUGUGGCUGGGGGAAAAAAAGGGAUCGGGCUAACCAGCAAAAUGAAUGCAUCCUUCUUCUAGCCCUCCCCACAUAGCAGUCAGCACUGCGAACAGGAGAAUUUUCUGACUUGAAAGCCCUGAUCUUAGCAGGCUGCAUAUACUUAGCAUCUAAGAAUUCAAGGAUGAAGACUUUAUUCCUGAGCUCUAAAGAAACAUACUGCUAUACUGAGGCACUGCUAAUAUUUCAACAAAGCCACACUUGUGGGAAAACAUAUUCAGAAAGGGAACUGUGGCCAAGAGAAAACUCCAGAGAACAUUUGGAGCUCCAGAAAACAUCUGGAAAGCCAAAGAUGAACCUACUUGAGAAAGCCAAAUCAGGGUUUCUAGUGUGUAUCGUGGUUUGCAUUUUCCUCUUUGGUGUUUUCUAUCUACGGAAUACAAUCUUCAAGGCAGACAAGGAAAAACUCAUCUCAAAAGAGUGUGGCUUUUAUCCAGAUGAACUAUGCUCGGCCCUUUUUGAUGGGAAACGAGUUGCUUUUCACAUUGGCCAGCUGUGCCAGGAGGCUUUAAGGGGAAAAGACAUGUCUCCCUGCAUACAAACACCGUGCAACUGUUCUACGCUGCAGAAGAAGCUCCAUUUCAUUACAAGGCCAUUGUCAGAAGAAGAAAGGAAUUUUUCCUUGGCUUACAUCAUCACCAUUCACAAGGAACUGGACAUGUUUAUAAAACUACUCAGAGCCAUUUACAUGCCUCAGAACGUUUACUGCAUACACGUUGAUGAGAAAUCAUCAAAGGAUUUUAAGCAAGCGGUCCAAACCUUGGUCAACUGCUUCGAAAACAUUUUUAUUGCUUCAAAGAGAGAGAACGUUGUCUAUGCAGGAUUCUCCAGGCUGCAAGCAGAUAUCAACUGCAUGAAGGACUUGAUCCAUUUAAAUAAUCAAUGGAAUUAUGUUAUUAAUCUUUGCGGUCAGGAUUAUCCCAUCAAAACUAACAAGGAACUUAUACACUAUAUUAAAAGCAAAUGGAAUGGUAAAAAUAUAACCCCAGGAAUUGUUCAACCACCUCAUAUGAAAUACAGAACUAAUUUCAUUUACCAAGAAUUUAUACGUUUUGGAAAAUCAUUUGUCUAUCCAACUAAUAAUGUGAAAAGUAAACCACCCCACAAUUUGACUAUAUAUUUUGGGACUGCGUACUAUGUACUCACAAGAAAAUUUGUAGAGUUUACACUGACUGAUGAACGUGCAAAAGAUUUGCUUGAAUGGUCAAGAGACACCUACAGUCCAGACGAGCAUUACUGGGUCACCCUGAAUCAUAUACCAGAUGCUCCUGGCGCUACACUAAACACAACUUGGCAAGGAAAUAUACGAGCAAUCAAGUGGAAAAAUCAAGGAGAAGCCCAUAAUGGCUGCAAAGGACAUUAUGUCAGGGAUAUUUGCAUCUAUGGACUUGGAGAUUUGGAGUGGAUUAUUAACUCUCCACAUUUAUUUGCCAAUAAAUUUGAGCCAGCAACAUACCCGCUUGUCAUGGACUGUCUAGAAAGGCAUUACAGAACAAAGCUGCUCCAGGAAGCUGAAGUUCCUUUGGAAGCACACUGGCAUUUGGAAGAAUAGACUGCUCUGCACAUCUGGAUUAACCAUAAUCUCUAUGGAGGGCAAAGCAGAACCAAAGACAUGCUACAUUUCAAAAUAUAUGUUCCAAAGAUGGAUACCACAUCAUCAGUAUUUAGCAUCUUGGACCUGAGAACAGAAAGGAAAAUUCUGAACAUGAAGAUUCAAUAUGCACAGCUCCAGUGUCUUUACGAACAUUAACUUCUCUGGGCCUGAUUUUUUUUCCUCCUACACAGUUGAUCUGAAACAUAUAAUUGAUGUACAUUGUCUUACAUACUUGGACAAUAGUUUUCCGUCCUUGUUUAGCAACUGCUGGCAGUUAUGAAGAUGAUGUAAAAAUAAUUUUAUGACCAAUUCUUGCAUUUACAACUUUGGCAACUUUGUAAAGCAAAGAAAAACUGCAGUAUAAUGAUAAGCACAAUGGCAAUUUACUUAAUGAUGACUGCUUCGCUUAACAACUGAGUUGUGGUCAACAAAAAAGGACUAAAAAAUACUUGUACUCUUUCGCAUAAAUCUUUAAUAGAAUGCUUGCUCUUUUAAAUGGACUGUGUAAAAAUAGCCUCCUGACUUAAGUCUGGACUGCACCCUCUGAAGUUAAAGGCACCUAAAUGAAUCAUGAUUAACUUUCCCACUUGGUCUAAUAAGUAUAUCUAAAUCCAUAUCUAAAUAUAAUUCAUACAUUGUUUAUCCUUCUUUAACAUCAUUUUUCUACGUGCAAUUUUAUGUAAAAUUUAAUUAACAAAUUGCUGAAUAAAAAGUCAUAAAAUUAAUCAAAAUAAAA